AGACGGACCCAUCAUGUCCGACAAACCAGAUUUUGCAGAAAUUGAAACAUUUGACAAGACCAAGCUGAAGAAGACAGAAACCAGAGAGAAAAAUCCAUUGCCCACUAAAGAAACUAUCGAACAGGAAAAGCAAAGUGAAAGUACAGCCUGAGCGUAAAAUUGAAGAUGUGACUGCUGCUCCUUCAGUGGGGUUUUGGCUUCCAAGUUGGGUUUUGUUGCGUGUGUGUCCCCCACUUUGUGUUUGCUGCCCAUUUAUUUGCUCAUUUGAUGUUCCCCAGGGAAGCAGUCUGUUUUGUCUUUGUUGAACAAGAUACUGUGUAUUUGUGUUUGUAUUCUUAAAACUGUAAUUCCAAGUUCUGUAUCAACCCCAUUACUUG